AUGCCGUCAAUAGAGAUACAGGAGUUGACGAGGAACGUCCAGAGGCUGCGGGCUGAGAUUGAGAACGUGAAGAAGCAGAACCAGCAGCUGCAGUCAGCUAUUGCCGAGGCUGAGGAACGGGGUGAGAUGGCCCUCAAGGAUGCCAGGAGGAAACUGGAAGAGCUGGAAUGUGCCCUGAGCAAAGACAAGGAGGAGCUGGCUCGCUUGUUGAAGGAGUACCAGGAGCUGCUGAACAUCAAGAUUGCGCUGGAUGUCGAGAUUGCCAUGUACAGGAAGCUGCUGGAGGGAGAGGAGAACAGUCUCGAUGUUGGCCCUGAGGUCUGGAAGGUGCAGAUGCUGGAGAAGGAGCGAAUCAAGUUCCUCAAUGGAAACAUUGCCUCCUUUGACAAGGCUGGUGUUAGCAGAGGCAUCGAGGAGGUCCGUGUCAAUACCAACUUGCUGAGGCCAAUACAAGUACAAGUUGAUCCUGAGUUCCAGAGAGUGCGGUCAGAUGAGAAAGAGCAGAUUAAGGCUCUCAACAACAAAUUUGCAUCAUUCAUUGAUAAGGUUCAAUGUCUCGAGCGGCAGAACCAGGCUCUGAUGGCCAAAUGGGAACUUCUGCAGCAGCAAAGUACCCGACCAGAAGAGAGCAGAAAUAUCGCCUCUUUCUUCCAAUCUUACAUCAGCAACCUGCAGAGGCAGCUAGAAACGCUCCAGAACCAGAAGGAGCAGCUGGAUCCGGAAGCAUAUAAUAUGCUUCAGCUCGUUGAAGAUUAUAAAAAGAGGUUCGAGGACGAGAUCAACAAGCGUGCGUCUAAAGAAGAGGAGUUUGUGGAGCUUAAAAAGGAACUGGACAGUGCCUACAUGGGAAAAAUGGAGUUUGAUGUUCGGGUGGAAAUACUGAGGCAGGAGCUGGAGUUCCUCAGAUGCUUACAUGAAGCUGAGCUGUCCCAGCUGCAAACAGUAGUUGGCAACACCAAUGUCAUUCUGUCCAUGGACAACCGUAGAGAGCUGAACAUGGAUAGCAUCAUUGAAGAAGUCAGGCAGGAGUAUGAGACAAUUGCUCAGAGAAGCAAAGCUGAAGUAGAUGCCACGUAUCGGGGCAGGUACCAGGACCUUCACAACAUGUGGGUAAAUCAACGUGAGCAAUUGAGGAACAGUUAUCAGGAAAUCCAGGAACUUACCAGGCAGAUCCAAAGACUACAACCAGAAAUUGAAAUUGCAAGGAAAAAGGUCUCCUGCCUGCAAACCUCCAUUUGUGAUGUUGAGCAGCGUGGGGACUGUGCCCUGAAAGAUGCCCGUGAGAAGCACGUUGAGCUGCAGAAUGCCCUCCAGAAGGCCAAGGAUGAGCUGGCUUGCAUGCUGCGGGAUUACCAGGAGCUGCUGAAUGUCAAACUGGCCCUGGAUGUUGAGAUCGCAACAUACAAGACUCUACUGGAGGGUGAAGAGAGCGGGAUACGCCUUGGGAGCCCUGUGAGAAGACUACCAGAAGAUGAAUCAAAACGGUCUCCAACAUCCAGCUUGGUAGAAGCUCCAAGAUAG